AAGAUGAUGUGUCAUUAAAAAAUAAUAAUAUAUAAAUCACUAUAAAAUUACUUACAAAUAAAUGGGGGAAAUAAUAAAUAUCAAGUAAUGAAAAUGAACAAGUUGUACAUCUACGUUGCAAAAUGUACCUUUAUCUACCAGUUUUAACUUAUUACUAUAUAGGCGAUAUGUCGUAUGACCUCAAUAUUCCGCACGGAAAAUAAAAUACAUUGUACUAAAAGAUCAUAAAUAAUAUUUUCCGUAUCAAACUUUGAGGCAUAAUAUGUUUGAAAAAUUAAUCAGAUUCAAUGUCUAUUCAAGCGUUUUUAAUGCUCCCACACAUUAUAAUAUGAAUCAGUGUAGCAGGGUAAUAAUAUACAUUACACCUAACAUAUAGCCACUCGAUGCCUUGAGCGCAAUGAUUCGAAAAAUAUUCACCAUGAUAAAGUGCAGGGUUAAGUUGGUCCUGUGUGUGCGUGUGUAUGUGGUUUGUGUUUCGUCCGGAUAAGGGUUUGAAAAUAAAUAGGUAACGUCAUACAUUACAAAUAAAAUACAGACCGUUGGGUCGGAAAACACGCGUAAUAUAUGUGAAAGUAACCGGAAAAAUUAUACUUAUCAUUCUGGUAUAAAAAGCACUCGUAGAGGACCCCGAGUGUGUAUUGUGACUUUAAGACAUCGUCGUCGAUACACAAGAUGAAUAAGACGAUUCUAUCAAUCGUAGUUGGCGUUGUGUUCUUCUUGGCUCUUUCACAUACGAAUGCAGAAGUGUGCACGAUUUCGGAAAACAAUUUAAAUGUUUAUCGAAAAACAUCAAAUAAGGAAUUGGUGACGAUUUCAAACGAGACCGAUCAAUGCACAUUUAAUCCUAUUGACAACUAUUAUAUUAGAGACACGUACAGGACUAGAAAUUUGAACAUAAGAUCCGAGAGACGUACAAUUCGUGUAGACGGGAAAGAACAAGAACGCAGAGUUUGGGUUAGAAUUGACGAUAUCAGAAAGGGUAGGCUGACAAGAUCGGAAUCAUUGCCUAACAUCCAUCGUGAACAAGUUAGGAAUGUAAGAGAGAGAGAGAUAGACUUAAGAGGUACUCAGCUAAGAGUUAUAGAACGGAACAGCAGAACGGUUUUAGAAAAUCGUUCCGAUGAAAGAAUUUUUAGACGCAGAGUAAGAGAUAGGCAAUAUGAUGGACAAACAAACAGAGAUAAUAUAGAUAAAAGAAACAGGGCACGGCACACCAGACAGAAUGAUAUGGUUGCUAUUAAAGACAAAGAUGAAACAUCUGCAUGGCCAUUUUCAAAUUUUGUUCAGUCAGCAAUUGGUGUUCUUGGACUUUACUAUUUUGGGAUGCACAAUAAAAAUGUUAAGUAAUUAAAAUUGUUACUUAAUAAAAUAUGUUAGUGAAUACUUUGUACAAGUAUUAUAAUAAAAUUAUCAAAAAUGUUUAUGAAAAUUUAAUGAAUAUAAUAUGAUUACAUUUUUCUUCCAAAAC